AAUGAAACCAGAAGUGUCAGUCGGGAAUGAUACCAAUACCCAUGUAGACCGGUCGAAAGUGUUCCAGGCACGCACUGUUUCAUUCCAAACAAGUGAGAGUGUAGCUAGUGUCCAUGAUAAGAUGAGUUAUUUUGACCCGCUUGCAUUUCGAUCUGAUGUCAAGUUAAUCCAAAUGGGUCAUGGUGUUUUGAGGAAGAACCCAGUGUCGUGAGUGAAACCCCUUUCAGACUCGAAAACGUGCAGUUACUCAUAUAUAUUCCUCACUCAUUCAAGACAUUCUCCGUGCGCUUCUUCAAGAUGUUUUUCCCUAGAACUUUGGUUCUGGUUUCGUUGUGUGGUUUGGCCACUCCCUCCGUUGACGAGUUCAUGAGCUGUGAUCGGUUCUUUGAAAACAAAAGGGCAUCAAGGGUCUUGGAGCAGAUCCCCUGUGAUAUGAGCAAACAGUCAUUUUGUGCCUACAAAGGAGCCGCCUACCCAGAAGCGGCCAUUUGGCAGUUCAAGGAGGACAAUCGAGGUCUCAUGAAAAGGCUCUAUGGGGACCUGGAAUCCGCCUCACUCUACCGGGAGAUGAGAUCAGUCAAUCUGCCAAGUGCUUCCAAUAUCCCGUCCCUGGAGCACAACGUUUUUUCUAGUCUUGAGUACAAUAUCCGAGUUGGCUCCGGAUUGGCCACCGUUCAAAGUGCCAGGGAACCCGUCUUGAACACGGAUGAGGAACCGGCCCACGAGGUCCCAGUCAAGAACGCUCCCUUUGAAAAGGAAGCUGCUCCGGUCCUGGAGGUCCUGGAGGAUCUGGAAGAUCUGGACGGUCCCAUUGAAAUGGCCGUUCAUGUGGAGCCUGGCAUUCAGGCGCCCCGACAGGAACCUGUGGCAGACCAGACCACCCAAGUCCUGUCCUUCUAUGACGAGGAGCCCACAACUACAGAGACUUCUGAGGACUUAAUGACCACUUCGACCACUGAUUAUGACACAGACCCCUCGACCCUUAUUCCUGAUGAUUUCGAAGAGCGACAGCUCCCGAAUGACAUUACCACGCUCCCAACCCCUCACACUACCAAUACUGUAGUACUCAAAGACAAUGAGACCAUUGACGCCACAGCUGCCACAGGCUUGGAACCAAUGGUCUUUACCGAGCCAGACUUGGCCAUGGUAGACGAUCAUUUUUCGCCCUCCCCAAUGGUGAAAUCGUCUGUAUCUCAAUCUCAACCAGUCACUUUCCCUACUCCACCCCCAACAUCUACGUCUUCAGUCACAAGUGCCACUCCAACAGUACUAACCAAACCAACCACAGGGUCAACCAGCAGCCCAAUGUCAGAAAAUGUGUUGUCGGCAUCGUUGUCCGAGAUGUUGGCCGAUGUGGAUUUGGACAGCUUGGAACAGAUUGUAGGCGAACUUUUGCCAAAUGCUCAUGAGCAAACACAGCCCGUAGCUCAAGUGGGUCCUUCAGAGAGUGCGGAGGCCGUUCAUGGAGAUGUCCAUCAUCCACCCAUCAAGCCAGUUCUUGUUGACCAAGCUUCUGAAGACACCCUCGAAAGUGGAUCAAUGGAUGAAUAUGACUUCUCAGGGCCAUCAAUUAACGCUUGUCCAGUGAAGGAGGAGGUUGUGGCUCCUUAUUGGGCCAACAACACCAGGAAUCAGGUCCUAGCCCUUCUGAAUUUGUACCCAUUUGAGCAAUACAUUCACAUGGAAACUUGCAAAUUCGAGAAUGAGCAAAUGAUGUGUCGCGAUGGAUGCCGCUGUGAACAACAGUAUCGUCUUCAUCGGCUUUUGGCCUUUGAUUCCAAUAACGAGUGUCGUGGCAUAUUCAGUGAUUGGUUCCGGUUUCCCUCCUACUGCAUUUGUAAAUGUUACGGCUUUCCUCAUGAUUUCGCUGGUGGGCAACGCAAUCCCAGGAGAGAGCCCAAGCAAAGUCCAGCAAAAGAGCCGGUUCAACCAACUGUAAGGGCCAAAAGCACACCAACCAUCCCCCAGAAGCCUCGUCAAGAACCUCAUAGGCAUAUCCAGAAGCCUCGGGAUCAUCGACGGCUGAAUUUGGGCCAAAAGAUCAUUGAGAAUGAGGAUUUCAACUCGGUGGAACACGAACCUCGGGCCUUGAAUGGGUUUUUUUACGCCACAGCACCGGUUUUGGAGUAUCAAAAACCUCAAGGACACUCGGUUUUAAAGGGAGUUAAUCAAACUCCGCGAAAGUGAUUAGACCCCAAUUUUAGGUCGAUUGUGAGAAAGUGAAUUCUAGUUACCCCUGCUAUUGCGUACACUUGUGAACAACGAGGGUGAUAUUAAUAUAUCAUAUUAGUCCCUUGGAACGUUUCUUUCCGGACUGAAGAGAACUCCUGUGCCAAUAAUGCUAAGUGAACGUCAGGCGUUGUUUCGUUUCGUCAAUAAAUCAUUGUAUCAAUGACCCGUACAUGAUCUGCCAAUAAAACAAUAUCUUAUCCUUAA